CAGAGCAGGAAAAAAGAUUUCACUCCCAAUGGAUACUCUGCAGGAUCGUCAUGGAAUUAUUGCGAGUGUUUUACAUAUUGCAAUGAUCGAUAAAAUCCCAAUUUUGAAGAGUGCCGCAGAACGGCAGGAUUUGGAAGACAAGUGUAAAGGAAGAUGUAAUAUCCUUUUCCUGUUUCUCAAAGAGUUAGGAUCUUAUGAACACAGAGUGUUCAUGGAGACAGCCAUGAGGAUUUCGGACAAGUAUCUUUGUGCUUUAACAACAGACCAUGACUCAACCGUAGGAUUAUCAGAACCAGAUCUCCAAAAUGAUGGGGAAAAUCAUGGAAAAACAGAAAAGGAACCGAGGUUAUGGGCACUACAAUGUAGCAACGUAGAACCCCAGUCUGGACACUCCUGUUUACAAGCUGUCCAUUGGAUGAGAAUAGACCUUACCAGCGUCAAUGUCUUUCUGCAAGCUGUUGAUAUGGAACCAUGGGUUGAGGUCAAACCUUCCUCAGAUAGAAUUUGCACAGAAUACGAUAAUCUAGAACUACCAAAGGUUUUUCUAACAUAUGACAAGAAUGCAAAGGAACAAGUCAUCAACAUAGCGAAUCAGCUGAAUACUUUUUACCGUGGAGCAUUAGGAAUAUGUAUUAUUGACAGAACUUUGAUUAACAAGCAUCAUCUGAAGAGCUUAGGCCUGAAUGAGGUUAUUUAUCCUCCAGACGUCAUGUUUUUGCAACCCGAUGAUACAAGGGUAGCUGUGUUCAGUGGUUUCCAAGACAGUUUUAAUUUCAUCCGAGAACAACUACAGCAGUACUACACUGUUGUCUUGAACAAGAUGAGCAGCAUGAUGUAUGAUGAAGAGUCGCUCGACGAAGAAUGCUAUCUGCUCAGCCAAGACGAUCCUGUUGCUGUAGCUCUCAGACGUAUCGGCGGUCCUAACGUCACCAGCAUCAGAGCCCUCACCGACAAAACUAUGCCCAAACUACUAGAAGAUAUUCCCGUAGCUAUGGUGAUAUUUUACGUGGAUUGGGAUCCAGAAAGUCUGAUUGUUCUACAUAUGUUUACUCGUCUUGCUGUUAGAUUUGAGGGAGAACCCAACCUCCUUGCUAGGGUAAACUGUUUUGAUUGGACGGAUAUUUGCCAGCAUCACAACGUCACCCAAUACCCAACGAUUCGACUCUACGAGAGAGGAGAACAGCCAAUCACUUAUAAAGGAAUGUUUGAUGAGAGUAUGCUGUGGAACACACUGCUAAUCUUUAAAGAAGGAAGUUCCGUCAAAUUAGAGACACCUAAAGAAGUUGAGGCGUUUAUGGAAGGAGAGGAAUCAUUUCAGUUCACCCGGAAUUUGACGGUGAUUAUUUUGGGAGGAUUUUUAAAGUAUUCGCAUGAAGCCCUCAGGAUCUACAGGCAAGUUGGUGAGGAGCUUCGAAGCCAGUUUCCAUUUGCCAGUGUAGUAGGUGAUGUUGCAGAAGAUGUAGGGAGGAAGUAUAAUGUUAGAGCUCCUUUCAUCAUGGUGACUAGAAGAAACGACAGACACAAAAACGUCACAGUCGUCUCAUGGAACUUCAGUGAUUGUUCAAGUUUAGCGAAGUUUAUAGAAGAAGAAAGUCUGCCUAUUUUUCCAGAGGUGAACGACCUGACUUACGUGUCUUUGCGUCAGCAAAACAGACCACUCGCUAUCUUGGUUGGGUCUACAUCACAGAUAUCACAAGAAGAACAUAUAUUUUCAAAGUUGGCGUUUCAACAGCGACAACUAAAGCAGAUAUCCUUAUCCUGGUUGGACGGGUAA